GGAUUCGGCCAAUCAAUAGUGUUUCAAUAAUUCCACGUCAUUCUUGGCUUCCGUGGGACCCUCCACAAUCGCCACGUCAGCAGGCGCAAAUUAACGUGUCUGUUACAUUUCGCACUCAAUACCCACUACUGCACCGAAGGGAAAUUUUGAUAAAGAAGAAGAAAAGGGUUUUAGGUUAGGGGUUUGGGGAAAAUGGAAAGUGGGAGAAUUAGUAGUGAGAAAAAUGCGAUUCGAAUUGAGAAUCCAUUUAGUUUGAAAGUGGGUCAGGUGUUUACAGGUUUUGGUAUCGGCUGCGGAGUCGGCAUCGGCGUUGGCCGCCCUUUAAAUUUGGGUGCAAUACCUAUGUUGAAUCAAGUAAUGAGUGCCACCAGAGGUGCCACCGAUGCAUUUUCUGGUGUUAGCAGGCAUGUCAAUACUUCUUUGAGGAAGUUGGGAGCCAAGAAUAUUGAAGUUGGUAUUGGAUGUGGGGUUGGUUUUGGUCAUGGUUUUGGAGUUGGUCUUGCUGUGAAACCAGUGGUUUUGAAUCAAAUUCAAUCUAGUCUUGUAGAUGUAAUGACAAAGGUGAUGACAAAGAUUGGACUUAGUCCAAAUUUACCCUUUAGUCAGGAUGCAUUUCCACCAUCCUUGCAAAGUGCUGCAAGCACAGUCAAUACAAACCAAAGUUCUGCUGGAAGCAUGAUGCAGUUGGCAACUAAAUCAGUUGAUCAAGUAUCUCAAGGCCUGCCAGGGUCUCGACCUGUGCAAAUUGGUUCAGAAUUUGAAAAUAAUCCAUUGAGAGUCACUGCGGUUGACUCUGCAUUUGGCAGCCGGACUGAGAAGGUCAUUAGCAACUUUUUGCAAAAUCCACUAUUGAAGGGAGAAGGAGGAGGACUUGAUGAAGCAGUUGGACGUUUGCAGUCAGAAAGGACAAUGCUUCAGAUGGUUUUGAAACACCAGCAAAUCAUUGAAGAACUUGUGGAGGAAAAUGAGAGGCUUCGCCGGAUACUAAUGGAGGACCUGAAAAUACCAUCUAGCAAACUUGAAGCAAGUUCUUCAGGUAGAAAUAGAAAUAGGUCUCCAUGUACUGAUUGUUUUGAGUGCCGAAGAAAACAAAGAAAAAAGUAGAUUAGUAAUAUUCGCAAGUGCUUGCAUGCUAAAGGGUCUCCCCGUUAUCGCGCUUCACUGCAUUUUUUGGGUUUUGUUCGUUCUAGUCGGCAGAGGCAUGCAGUACCUCUGCUAAUUUGAGUUUAAGGUCAUCAUGGAUUACGAAUUUCCGGCGAUUACAAUUUAAUGAGUUAGUAUACAAUGAAAUGGAAUUAUUAUUUCUUAUAUAAA